UAAUCAUGCUUUGUGGCACUUGUCUGCAAGAGAAAUGCAGUCAUAUCAUUGCAUUCUGUAAGCAUGAUAAGAAUGGGAGCAGCAUGUUCAUAAGAGGUGGACCUUCGGGAAAAUAUAUGUCUCUUGUUCGGAGUCUCCUGUCUUGCGCCAUUCUCUACCUCUAUUCAACUUCAGUCAAGGCAACGCCCCUGGACUGUGAAUGCUCCCCAGUCCCUGAGAGUGGCAAACCUUCAACAACACCAUUAAUGGGAAACUCAUCCGCGCCGUUUCCACCAGCCUGCUAUAAAUCGCAGCCUACCUACGACUCAACUGUCUGCAGCUCCAUUAUUGCCCAAUGGCAUGCGUCAAGCUUCCACUUACAGGACCCUAGGAGUAUUGACUACCCAACCUGGGCUGGUGAUUCGUGCCUCUCUAACUUCGAGAAUGGGACUAGCGUCAAUGGUGACCCGCGGACACGAGAGAAGGGCUGCUCGAUUGGCGGGUAUCCGGUUUACGUAGUCAAUGCUACGGGACGAGAAGAGGUUGUUGCGGCGGUGAAGUGGGCUGGGGAGCGGAAUGUUAGGGUGAAUAUUAGGUAAGGGCGUUGUAAACGCCACUUGUCAUUUGGUGGUCACCUAUUUGAAAAAAUUCUUCACAUAGAUAUCCAGACAAACGCAUAAUGCGCACAAGAAAAUAACACGAGAAUUUCUCAUUGCCCCCCCUACUCGGCGCGCAAAAAACUACUUCUUCAUCUGAUCACUCGUAAAUGC